UUCCCUGGAACCACUGUGUCCCUUUCAUGUAAAGAUUUCCAGAACCCCAACUUUCAGGGCUGUCUUGCUAGUUUCCUAGAAAAGGCGAGUGUUGAGUCAUUGGGCAAAUUUGCUGCGAAAACACGGAAAGCUGGAAUAGAAAUCUCAGAGGAUCGAAACACGGCAAACCCUGCACUUAUCACACAGUUUUUGAUGACCCUGUUAGAGAUGAAUGGUAAGAGGGUGAAUUUGCCUGUUCUACGUAAACAUGUCAAGGAUGAUGCGUGUUGGGAUAAAUCAAGGCUUCCAUGGCGACGAAGCCCCCUAUAGCUAGCCCUCCGUGUUUGUAUUCAACGACUACUCUACCUCCGCCUAGGUAGCGAAGAGGGUCAAAUACAUUACAAAUAUUUUAUAUAUUUACUAUUGUCAAAUUUGC